CUCCAAAAAAACACCAGAUUCAUCAACCUCCAGUAAGUUACAACCCCUCCACGUCAAUCCCAGCUUAUCCCCCUCCCUCCAUCACGCACACCAUGCCGUCCCCACCACCACCACCCCCCGAAUCGGAAGCCGACGCCGAAGUCUCCGCGUCCGUCCUCGAGAAGCUCAGAGUGGCCUUGGACCUUGUGGAGACGUUACGGAGCGAGAAUGAGGCUUUCAAAGAGAAUUUCGAUACCUUAAAACUGAACCAUGAACGCCUCCAAGAACGCCAAGCCGACCUCACAACAGAAUUCGACAUCAUCGCAAAAGAAAAAGCAGUCCUUGAAACCCAAACAACCGACCUCGCAACGCACUUCCACACCCAACUCGAGCAGAACCGCAAAGAACUCGAAGCGGCGCGGGCCAAGAUUCCCAACCCGAAGGAUCUGGAACUGGUGCGGUUGAGGACGGUGCGGGAGGUGGAGGCGAGGAGGGUAAAGGCUUGGAGGGAGAUUGAGAAGGAGACGGAGAAGUAUCGAUCGCUGUACUAUGCGUUAAGGCGGGAUCAUGAGUUGGCCAAGGCGGAUAUCGAUCGGGAGCGAGCGCAGACGAGCUCGAAACUCAAAGAGAUGGAGAAUUUGUACCAGGACGAGCUGGCGGCUCUGGAGGCGCGCACGUUGGAGCUUCGGCAGACUUUGGACUCUGCGGGAGAUACCCGACGAAUGCGCGAGCUCCAACGCCACAACGCGGAUUUGCAGCUGAAGGUGGCGAGCCUGCUACCUGAACUUGAGGAACUCCGCGCAAGCAAAGAAAAGCUCCAACUGACCUUGGACCAAACCACCCGCCUCCACACCCGCAAACUCCUCGACGAAACUUCCUACGGCAAGGCGCUCCAAUCCGAAAAAGACGCCCUGGCCGCACGGGUCACCGCGCUCAGCAACGAGCUCGAUCAGGCCCGGCGGAGCUUGGAUGCUGUUACGGAGGGGAAUAAUGAGCUGAGGAAGGAGGUUGAGCGGGUUAAAAGUUUGGGCGAGGAGGGGGUGCAUGUUUAUAAGGUCAAGGUUAGCGAUAUGAACCUUGCGGCGCUCAAAGAACGGAAUCAGUACGAGAAUGCGAUCGCUGAUCUCAAAGUGAAGCUAACGGACUUCGAAAGCCAAAACAAAUCGGCGGCAGAAUCACUACAGUCCUUCCGCCAUCGUCUUGCGGACGCAGAGAAGGACGCCCUGGAGAAAUGCCGACUGGCGAGGGAAGAAGAGUGGGGCAAGAAAGCUCAAGUAGAAGCCGAACGGGACCAUCUCCAAUCCGACCUAACAACCCUUAAAGAGCACCUCGCCCACCUCGAAUCCCAACACACGCUCUCCCGCCGGGACCUCCAAAACGAGCUGUCCACACUCAAAUCGUCUAACCGUGCUCUCCAAUCCCAUAACGAAUCUUUGGCCAAAUCCGCGGCGGAUGCUGCCGCGGCGCUGGAGAAGGCAAAUCGGGAGGUGGAGCGGGUGAGCAGGGAGCUGAAGGAGGCUGAGGGACAGGCUGCUGAAGCUGGGGCGGUGGGGGAGAGGGAGAGGAGGGAGGUAGAGCGGUUGAGAUCAGAUCUGCAGAAAGCCGAGAGCGCACUGCAAUCCUUACAGGCCGAACUCGAUCAAGCGACGGCGUUGUCGGCGGAAGAGCGCGAAGCCUACGUCACGCGCUCCGAGCGAGCGAAAAGCACAUGGACACGUGAAAAGCAAACAUUAUCACAGAAGCUCGAGCUCGCCGUGAAGGAGAAACAGGACUGGGAGGACAAAACGAGAGAACUGGAGGACUUGCUUCAGCGGUCACAACAGCUCUUCAAAACAAAAGUGCAGAGCAUUAAAGGUCGUGCCAAAGAAUAUAAAGAAGAAGUCGGGCGGUUGCGUAAGACCGUGGACAUCCAAGCUCGGCGUGCGGACGCCAUCACGAAAGAGAUCCAUCAGCGGCAAAACGACUUUUUGGGACUGCUCCGGAAUGAGGGAGUGGUGGAGGCUUCCGCAUGACAGCGUCCCCGCCCUAUUCCGGCACGACGGCUUCGUCCUCAACGUAUCUCUUUCCGGCCCCACGGAUUCCGAUCUCUCAUCCCGGAACACGGGCCCCGCGAUGUCGGCAACAACGAGCAAACGUAUCUCCAACAGAUAUCCAUUUUUUUAAGAGACAUCAAGUAGAAGGCGGAUAACGGAUAAAGGAAGUAUGGGAAGGUGGGAAGUCCAGUCUUCGUAUUGACAGACUUCCGCCCUGGGGGAAUAUCUGCCUUAUCCGGGUGCCACCUUCACGGAAGACGUGACCUGUAAAUACUCAAGCAUCAGUGUCUGCCGACACUCAAAUUUCCAUGGAGAACAUCAUCGCAUUUGUACAUACCAUCAGUUCAUAUUCAUGUUG